AUGCCCGGUUACAUCCCCGCUACCGACUACGCUAGGCCGUAUUACUCCGGGCACCUGCAAAAUAACCAUCCGGACCUCAUCAAGAUACUAUCGCACCUCAAUUGCGACUACUUCUGCCAUCCGGGUGGCAGGCCGCCGACCAUGCUCGCCCUUAAGCGGCACGCGCAGGCCCUCGCGAUCCUGAUCCGGGCGCACUGCAUUAGCACCAGCGGGGGCGAGAUCAACGCGCAGGGCAGCGAACAAGGGGAAGGGCUGUACGAGAACACAGAUGAGAAUCACCAGAUCCCCCUUUCUUCGCUCAUGAACCACGUGAAGCGGUAUUCGGACGUGGCCGGGCCCGAGUUCCAUUGCCCGUUCGAGAGUUACAAGCCGCGGGACCCGAGCGAGCGUCCGUCUAAGGUGCGGCCUUACCAGACGCACCACAACCUCUUGAUGCAUGCAAACGACUGCCUCGAGAUCCUGGAUAACGAAUACGGCGCCACGGGCGGCUUCAUGUCCAUUCUCCCGUCCGGCGAGAGCGACGAGGCCGAGGAGAUGAAGGCGGCCCGCAACUCCCUUGUCGGUCAAUGGCUCUUGUUUACCCAGCAUCUCGUGGGCCGUAUGCACGAGCUCGAAAUAAACUACGCGCAAUCCCUCGACCUGCUUGCCGGGGACGCCGCCGUGCCACUGCAGGUGGUCGGUAAGACGGGCCCUUCCAAGACCACGGGGAGGGACAUUGGAUUCCCCCAGGAUCGUUGGGUGCUUGCCAACGCGGGCGACGAUAUCUUUGACCUCCUACACCAGAGAAUGGACAAGGAAGAGGACUUGGCCCAGGAGACUGAGGCAAUUUGGAAGGCCGGAGGCGUAAGCGGAGAGCGCAUGUGGAAAAAAACCCAACAGAGUCAGGAUGUGUCCCGCGGCAUCGUCGCCAUCGACGUCCAGACGCGGUACUACCGGCUCAAGAACGCGGGCAAGAGCACCAUUUUCGUUGUGCCGGGGUGGGAGUUCCACCCAUCUUGCUCCUACACUAGAAUUAUCGAACAGCGACCGACCGUCGUCGCGGUGCCUGCGCCGCAGUGGCCGCCUCGUGUCUCGGAUUGGGAGGCCAAGGCCAGGGCGAAGCUGGAGGCGGCAGAAGAGUUGGCGCGAGAUCACAACCAGCUUCGCGACAACAUGAAUGAGCAACUCCGCGCUCACAACGCCUUUGUCUCCCACUUGAAGAAGACGACGCUUCUGGCCAAAUCCUACGAGGCCGCCUUCGCCAGGGACGCAAAUGACCAAAUCAAGCGUAUGACGGAGGAGCUGCAGCAGUACCGCGAUAAGCUAACCCACCUCGCCGAGGUCCUUCCACAGAGCUAUCAUCAUCACCUCGAAAUGUCACCCUAA